UCUCUCUCUCUCUCUCUCUCUCUUACACACACACACACACAGUUCCCACUCUCUUCAGUUUCAGUGUCCUGCUUCUCUACUCCUCUGAGCUUGAAGCUCUUCUUCACAAGGCACAGAGAUUUGCGUAAGUUAUGAUCGGCUGUAAAGGAGCGACAGGAGCGUUCACUCAGCUCGGCUACUGAUGAAGGAGACAGGCUGAGCGCGUAACUCGGUUUGAGAGGGCAUCGUCAAUUAUUCUCAGAGAUCGAUCCUGCAGCGGAGGAGAAAUCAUUUUGCCCACACUGCUGCUCACAUUGUAGUGUUCGGGGGAAACUACGCGAAGAGACGGAUCUCCACCAGAAAAGCGUCAUUCAUAACUAACAGCCAUGGACCCCAGCAGCGUGCUUUUCCUCUAGAGGUCCAGCUCGCUGUUAGACAUCAGGAACCGGACCGACAGACAGGUGCAUCUCCCACCGAGGAUCUCUCCGCUUUAUCUCUGACCCGGUUCACUCGGAUAAGAGGAAGCUAACCUAGUGAGGGAGAAACGCCAGCCAUGACUGCCUAGCACUGACUUUCUUCCCCUGAGUCACCGAAGAGAGCACGACAAAGCCAUUACCUGUCUAUAGAGGAGCUGUGGUUUCUGUCAGACCAACAGUGGCUCAAACCCACAGAGAAGAUCUUCACAACUGCUCUGGAGGACUGACGAUCCUGCAUCAUGCAUCUCACCCCCCAAACCCUCUGCAUUCUUUUCCCUUUACUUGUUCUUGUCUCUUUCUUUGUCCCCUCAAAUGCUGACUCCCAUGACCUAACUUCCUCCAAUGCCAACUGUUCCCAAGGUGAUGCCUGCUCUGAGGGUGUGAUCCUACCAGUAUGGAACCCCCAGAAUCCUUCAGUGGGUGACAAGGUGGCUCGCGCCAUUGUCUACUUUGUGGCACUGGUGUAUAUGUUUCUUGGGAUGUCGAUCAUUGCAGAUCGCUUUAUGUCUUCUAUUGAGGUAAUCACUUCCCAAGAAAAGGAAAUCACCAUCAAGAGGCCCAACGGUGAGACCUGCACAGCUACAGUACGCAUCUGGAAUGAGACCGUCUCCAACUUAACCCUUAUGGCUCUUGGAUCUUCAGCCCCGGAGAUCCUGCUUUCAGUCAUUGAGGUGUGUGGGCAUCAAUUUGAGGCUGGAGAACUUGGCCCAAGCACCAUCGUGGGCAGCGCAGCCUUCAACAUGUUUGUCAUCAUUGGUCUUUGUGUCUUUGUGGUGCCUGAUGGGGAGACCAGAAAGGUCAAGCAUCUGCGAGUCUUUUUUGUGACGGCGGCAUGGAGCGUCUUUGCCUAUGUGUGGCUCUAUGUCAUCCUCUGUGUGUGGUCCCCUGGUGAGGUGGAGGUCUGGGAGGCAGUGCUCACCUUCCUCUUUUUCCCUGUGUGCGUGGUGCAGGCGUGGGUCGCUGACCGCCGCCUCUUCCUUUACAAGUACAGUCGCAAACACUACCGUGCUGACAAGAGCCACGGCAUUGUGGUGGAGACAGAAGGAGGGGAUGAAGGGGUGAAGGAGACAGCCUUCAACAAGAUGGACAUGCUGGAGCUGGAUGGCAUGGCGGCACACCUAGAUGGAAUGCUGGGGGUAGAGGAUGGUCUUGGAGGACGUGAUCAUGAGGACGAGGCCAGGAGAGACAUGGCCAGAACACUGAAAGAGCUCAAGCAGAGACAUCCAGAUAAAGAUAUGGAGCAGCUUAUAGAGAUGGCCAACUAUCAGUAUGUUAUUUCAUGGUAUUACUCUCAGGUGCUGAUGCAGCAGCAAAAGAGCCGAGCAUUUUACCGUAUUCAGGCCACGCGGAUGAUGACCGGAGCGGGGAACAUUCUGAAGAAGCAUGCAGCAGAUCAGGCCAGGAAGGUGGUGAGCAGUGGAGAGACGAGGGAGCAGGAGGAUGACCCCUACACCACACGUCUGGAGUUUGAACCUGCACUCUAUCAGUGCUUUGAAAACUGUGGCCUGCUGAAACUCACAGUGGCGAAGCAUGGCGGAGAUCCAGGGUGCACUGUAAAGGUUGACUUUCGUACAGAAGAUGGCACUGCCAACGCCGGCUCUGAUUAUGAAUUUGCUGAAGGCUCUCUGCUCUUCAAGCCCGGGGAGACCCUUAAAGAACUGACUGUGGGCAUAAUCGAUGAUGACAUCUUUGAGGAGGAUGAAUACUUCUAUGUGCAUCUGAGUAACCCACGUAUUGUAGGCGGAAACGAGGGCACUUUGCCGGAUGGAGGUGCUCCGGUUCUGAAGGCGGCUCUGGGAGAGGCUCACACAGCCACGGUGACCAUCUACGACGAUGACCACGCUGGAAUCUUCACGUUUGAGAGCGAGUCGACACGGGUCAGCGAGAGCGUAGGCAUCAUGCAGGUGAAGGUCCAGAGGACGUCUGGUGCCCGGGGGCUUGUCGCUGUCCCCUACCGCACCGUCGAUGGUACGGCCCGCGGUGGAGAAGACUACGAGGAAGCGUCUGGAAAACUGGAGUUCAAAAAUGACGAGACCAUGAAGAUUAUUGAAGUGAAGAUCAUUGACGAUGAGGAGUAUGAGAAAAACAAAAGCUUCACUAUUGAAUUGGGCGAGCCUGUUCUCCUGGAGAUUGGACAGAAACAUGGAGACUCCAAUGAAAACAAGCCAGCAGUGGGAGCAGAGGAAGAAGAGGUAGCUAAAAUGGGGUGUCCCAGUCUAGGAGACCACACCAGGCUGGAAGUGGUGAUUGAGGAGUCCUAUGAGUUCAAGAGCACAGUAGAUAAGCUCAUUAAAAAGACCAAUCUGGCUCUGGUAGUUGGAAGCAGCAGCUGGAGGGAGCAGUUCGUCAGCGCAGUAACCGUAAGCGCAGGCGAUGAUGAUGAGGAAGAGAGUGGCGAAGAACGCCUUCCUUCCUGCUUUGACUACAUCAUGCACUUCCUUACGGUCUUCUGGAAAGUUCUGUUCGCCUUUGUGCCUCCCACUGAGUACUGGAACGGCUGGGCGUGUUUCCUCGUAUCGAUCAUUUUGAUUGGUGUCUUGACGGCAGUGACGGGUGAUCUGGCCUCCCACUUCGGCUGCACCAUCGGCCUGAAGGACUCCGUUACAGCCGUGGUGUUUGUAGCACUGGGCACCUCAGUGCCAGACACUUUUGCCAGUAAGGUAGCUGCCAUUCAGGACCAGUAUGCUGACGCUUCUAUUGGGAACGUGACGGGCAGCAACGCAGUGAACGUGUUCCUGGGCAUCGGUGUGGCAUGGACCAUCGCCGCCGUGUACUGGCGCAGCAAGGGCAAAGCCUUCUAUGUGAACCCAGGCUCUCUGGCGUUCUCUGUCACACUCUUCACUGCUCUAUGUGUGGUGAGUGUAAGUGUGCUGCUGUAUCGCCGGCGCCCCUCGGUGUCAGGAGGAGAACUGGGUGGCCCACGGACUUGCAAACUGGUCACAUCUUUGCUUUUCAUCGGUCUUUGGCUUAUUUACAUUUUACUGGCGUCAUUGGAAGCAUACUGCCACAUUCCUGGAUUCUGAGACAGAAAUAAAGUAUGUGAAGAGACUUUCUGUUUACGUCUCACACUAGAUAAGCAGCUUCGUUAAGGUUUUAGUAUUUAAAUGAACUGUGAGUGUCAUGUUCCACAAUAUUUUCCCCUCUCUAAUCCUCUCGGUUCCAUAAUGAAGUACCUUACUGUGGAUUCUUAUGUCCCUUUGCCUUACUCGAAGAACUUGUUGGAAAAUUGUCUAAUCCUGUAACCAAUGAGCCUUUUUCGUUCCCUUUUUCCUGUUUGAGCCAAUUCUAACUCCUGUGUCAGAUAGAAGGACGUCUGAUUAUGUUUUUCUACACUUUUUGAAUGGCGUCAAGUGUCAAUAUCGUUAUUGUGUAAUUGUCAAUAUGGUAUUUUAGAAGGAAAUUUGGACCAAGGCAGACUGUCAGCGACAAAGCGGAUAAGAUGAUGAUGCUAUAUCCACGUUCAUGCUUGCGUACAGAAGGACGUUGUAAGAAAAAAGCAUUAGAGAUUCUUCGAAGAAAAACACACACUGAGACAAUCCUCAGUCUGGAAAACAACCUAAAAGACAGUGAGACAGGUCUAAAAUUAUUUGGAUGGUGCCGAAGAUCAAACAUUUCAAACUGCAUGAGCUGGUUUUUUGUGGAUCCUGCUGUCGUACACUAAAGAGGUUUUCCAGUGAAGAGUUCCCACUGACACAUGAAGCUCAUUUAGUCCAAGGCUCGUACCUGAAUCUCAAGCAUGCAGUGAAGAAGAAAGAGCUGUGCUACGCUGUACUGAUCUAUAUAAGCAGUAGGAGGUGGCAUUUACAACAUGGCCGCCACUCCCAACACACCAAGGGGAGAAGUGUUACUAUGGAAAUACUGAACAGUAACAGGAAAUGACCUUUGCCAUGUGUGUUCAGUGCAUGUACACACGCUCAGUCCCUGCUUGUGUGUCUACAGGAACUCACUGACUUUCAUGUGUCCCAAAAUACUAUUAUGAUUAUUAUUAUUAUUAUUAUGAUUAUUGUUAUUUUAUAUUGAUUACUUUGUCGUUAAUGUCCAGGUCAAAUGGUACUGUACGUUAUCAAUCGUCACUGUUUCUCUGUGGUCAAGCUCAGUAUUCGUUACAGCUGGCUUUAAAACCUGUGCUGUGAAGAUGAAGUGUCUGUGACUAUUUGUAUAGUGAUUGAAUAGGAGAAGGAGAAAGGAACAGGCAAAGUUACGACUACUUCCUCCUCCUUCUCCUUCUCCUCCUCCUCCUCCUCCUCCUCCUCCUCCUCUCUCAGUCCUGUAUUUCUGUGCUCAGAAUAGUCGUCCAUCACAGAGAGGAAACAGAGACAGCGAGGGGAAAAAAGAAAAUGAGUGUGACAGAUUUAGUACUUGUGCAGAUAUUUAGCUAUUCUAAGUAGCUACUGAUGCCUGAUCCAUUGUUUUGAGUGAUAGAAUGCGUGCGUGGGGUAUUUUUAGCUAUUCCUGUUGCUAGGCGACCAGCGCAGAGUCAUUGUCUCAUGUGUGCUUGUGUGUGCGUGUGUGUGUGCGUGUGUGUGUGUGUGUUAAGCGUCCAACCCAAAGCAUCCCAAUGAGGAAAUAAGUGUUUUAAUUGCAUUCCAUAUCUAGCUAGACUGAGUGUGUGUGUGUGUGUGUGUGUGAGAGAGAGAGAGAGAGAGAGAGAGAGAGA